AUGACCGAAGAAAAUGUAACAACAAAAGAGUCGGCGGAAAAUCAAAAUCAAGGUUCACAAGAGGAUAGCUUGAAGGAUGAAGCCAAACGAUUCGCGCAAGCCGUCAAUGAAUCCAGUGUUCGUGUUCAUGGAAUGUCUUAUGCAUCCUUGACAAAGACGAUUGAGCGGGCUUCAGAGGUUCCUGAAGUUUUCGUAAAAGCUCUUGUCAAAAUGAGUGCAUCGGCUUCAAUGCGUCGCUAUGUGCAGCCAGCUUCAUUUCGAUACGUCGCCGCUCUCAUCACAGCUCUCGCCAAGCAUAACUUUGCAGCAACAAUUCGAACGUUGUCGCAAACUGUACUGUCCAAUAUAGCUAUUGUGCCAAAUUUGAGCGAUUCAUCGGCUUUGUCGCAAAUCCCAACAUCAAAAUGGAUGCUUUCACUUCUGGAAUCUCCGAAAAUCUCGGAGUUACCGAAGGAUGACGUCCAGAUUAUUAUAUCUGCAUUAGCCACAUUGGCUUAUUAUAUUUCUGCUAGUAGCUCAGCCUGGAAAAUCUUCGCAAGAAAGUUGAGAAAUGUUCUGAAGGCUAAUCCCAAUUUGAAGACAUUGAUCGAAGAGGAGCUCAAGGUUAUGAGCAAGGAAAAUCCCGAAAAGUCAUUGGUUUUGAUCUCGGCCGUUUGCAAAGCUACAAAUGCUGAAUUCUGUACUUCUCUAUUCGUGGAUCUUAUCACGAAAAUUGCGCUUUUGGCAAAAACGGUUCCACCUGAGAACGUGAUCAAAGCCAGUGUUGAUUCUGUGAAAACAUUGCCGGAAAAGGUUUUCAGCGACGAGAUAGUUCCAAAUAUUAAAAAGGCGCUUCUGAGAGGAGCAGAAAUUGCCAUUUAUGGUAUUCUGACUAUUGUUGACAAUGUUCCGUUUUCCGUGGAUGCGACCGCUCUCGAUUUGCUCAAGGCAAUCACAAGCUCUUUGCAAUCAUCCGAUGAGAAGCUGAAGAAUUCGGCGAUAAAUAUGGUAGUGGCAUUGACGAAACGCGUCCAGCCGUCGGUGCUCAGCAAAGUUGUCUCAACACUUUUGGACCAGUAUUCAGCUGCAAAGUCUGCGGAAAAUCGCAUUGCUCUUCUUCAAGGAAUCUCGAAAAUCGCUCAAAUCACCGAAUGUCAGGACAUCGACAAAAUUGCUGAUGAUAUUAUUGCGAAAACUACCAAAGCUGAUAAAGAUACGCAUGAUGGUACUGUUGAAGCUCAAUGGUCGGCAGCUGCUGAAUGGGCUGCUCGAUUGAGCACUAUAACUCCGGGACUGAUCGCAGCUUUCAAGGAUGCCUCGAAACAGCAACCUGCUGUGAAGUAUAUUGUCUAUCGUGCUCUUCACAACAUUCUCGAAAAACGCGAUAUGUCCUUGCUACCGGAAGGCGUUGAUUUGAAGCCCCUUCUCACUGAAAUCGACACAGGACCCAAAGGAGAAUUGUGCUCCAUUGGAUUGGCACUGAUACUGCUCAAAACAACGAAGAAGGGUUCGGUCGAGUAUGUUAAAGCUUGGGGUCGCGCAGCCCACGCGGAAUCUUUAUUCCGGGAUAAAAUUCUAUCAGCGGCAAAAUGGCAGGACGCGAUUGCUUGGGCGAAACUUGUCGAGGUUGUAAUCUUGCAGCGACCAGUGACGGAUACGAAGACCUAUCCAUCGCAUAUUCUUCGAGGAUUGUCGCUUCUCCUUUUCUGGCCUCAUUGGAAGGUUCGCGCACAGGCGAUUAAAAGUUUGAAGAAUAUUUUGGAUGAUGAGAAGGCACUUUUCGCUGAAGAGCUCGCUGAUUUGAUCUUCUCGGAGACAACUAAAGGGAAUAUUGAUAAUCUUUUACGAAAGGUUCCGAAUUGUCCAAGUUCGGAAUGGGUUGUUCCUGGAGAGUGGUACGUACAGGCUUUGAGACUUCUACUCUCACCACCAGGACCGGAGCUCGAUAAACUGGCGAUUCAUACGCUUCUUCUUGCUUCCGUCAAAAGACUUGUGGAAGUUGAUGGUUCGGUAUGGCUUCGUUGGGUUCAUGAGCAUCGGGAGUCGAAAACAUGGCAAGCUAGUCAGAAUUUCCGUGAAACGGCGAUUAUGAGAGUGUUGAAGUGUGAAAAUCGCGAUGUCAGAAACACAGCUCUUAUUACUCUUGUCGCUUUGAACGACAAUCAAUUGAAGAAUGAUUUGUGGGCUCACGUUGAAGCGAAUAUGAAGGAGAUUGAUGUGAAGGAUUAUUCGAAGGUGACCGAAAAGGAAAUUGCGAUUUACAAGUGUCCAGAGGGACAAUUGUACAACACGUCGGUUCUUGAUUUCGAUGAAGCAGCUGGAAUCAAAGAGCAGAAAGGACGGCGCGAAGAUCAGCUCAUCGAGAUCGAGCUCAUAAGGGAGCUUGCUGAGAAACGAAGAAAGGAGGGGAAAUUGUCAGCGAAACAAAAGCAAGUCAUGGAGAAGGAAUUAGCCAGUGAAAAGGAGAUUCGGGAUGAGCUUGCACAGCUUUACGAAAACGCUGAAACUAGACUCGACGAGGCGGCCGCGAUGGUGAAUGCCGACAAGGCGGGGGCGUAUUUGAGAUAUUCUAUCUUGUUCGAUUACUGCCUUCCACUUUCAAAGUGUUUACUUGUUGCCGAAGAAGCGGCGAAGCUUUUCCUUGCUUAUCGAGACGCGUGUUUCGAGCAUUCGGAAGAUUACCUCGAGGAGCUCGUUGGUAGCUGCUGGCUUCGAGUCAUUGGAAGUGCCUAUAAGAUCAAGGGAUGGUGCGACGAGCCGCUGGAGAAGGCGCUCAAACGCGUGUUCGCGCUUCUCAACGAACGCGCGUUUAUCGUUGACACCGGAGAUGAAGAUGACGACGAAGCUCUAAUCUUUGACGAUGAGAUAGUUGGAGCUCCGCAGCUCACAUUCCUCUACCCGAUGAUCAAAAUGGUUUUGAAUGGAAAGUAUCCGGAAGUGAUUCGCGAAGAUGUGCUCAAUCUAUUGAGGAGUGCGAUGCAUAAGAAAUUCUUGCGCGAUCGCGAGGUCCUAACGCUGCCGAUGGCUGAAUACUCGAGUAUGCUGAUGAGAUACUUCACCGACAAUUUGACGGGUCUCGCGUAUUUGGUAGCACUUCGACAAUUGUUCCGACUUGCCAAUGACACGAACGAUAUUGGGCCGAGAAUUCUCGGAAUGGUCCGUGAAAUAUUCGGUUAUGUGACCCAUGAUAAUUCGGAAGUUCGACCAGCUGCUCUCGAGAUACUUGCUGCUCCGCAACUCUUGAUGCGAAUCGUUGUCGAAUGCGGUCUUGAUGCGUCGAUCAGCCAAGAAAUUCUCAUUCGCGUCUACAUUGCGCGUUUCGAUCCCGUUGAAUCGAUUGUCGAGUACGCGGAUCGCCUUUGGGACAGCAAUCAUCUGCAGAUUAAAACGGUUAUGGCGCUGCCGCUUGUCGAUGAAUGCGUCUCGCCGUCGGCUCUAGUUCGCGACUCUGCUUCUCGCGCCCUCUAUGACUUUGUCUCGGAGCAACCCGAUCAAAUGAAGGCGAUUCUGAAAAAAAUCGAUGAGACUUAUAAGGAUUUGGCGAUUGUUCGCGGAGCGAUAUUCGAUGAGGUUGGACGAAUGCAGCGCGAUGCGGUUGAUGAAUGGGAACGACGAUCGGGUAUUGGAAUCGCGCUCAUCCUUCUCGCCACAAUUGUCAACGUCGAAGACGCCGAAGACUUGAUUAAAAUUGUGGCGCCUGAUGGAUUGAGCGAUCGUAGUCCGGAAUGCCGAAAUUCUUUGCGAAACGCGGCCGUUGAGACGAUUCGCCGACACGGCGCUGCAAUAAUGCCGAGAUUGUUGCCAUUUUUGGAGAAAUUGUCGGAUGAAACUCCGGCUGGUGCCGAUCAUGACAAUCGUCGUCAAGGACUCGUCGUUCUUCUCGGAACGCUGGCGCAAUACAUUGAUUCGACGGAGAAGGUUCAAAGCAUUGUUGCGCGAUUGAUGGAAGCGUUGGCGACUCCGAGUCAGACCGUCCAGGAAUCCGUUUCGCGUUGCCUAGCGCCACUGGUGCCGAAGAUUCGCGACACCGCCAAGGAUUUGGUGAGCAAAUUGCAAUUCACGUUGUACGAAGGCGAGACCUAUGGAGAACGCCGUGGAGCGGCUUAUGGAAUCGCUGGAUUAGUCAAAGGAAUGGGAAUCAUUGCCCUCAGGGAUAUCGAUCUGAUGGCGACGAUUCAGAAGAAUCUUGGCAAUAAGAAGAGCGCAAAACACAGAGAAGGCGGACUGUUGGCAUUGGAGAUUUUGUGCAGCUCGAUUGGAAAAUUGUUCGAGCCUUAUAUCAUCAAAGCACUUCCAUCAUUGCUUCUCACCUUUGGUGAUAAUGAUGCGAAUGUAAGAAAAGCUGCGGAGGACACCGCCAAAGCAAUGAUGGGCUCAAUGACUGUUUACGGAACUAAGCUCGUGCUCCCAUUACUUCUUGAAGCUCUAGAAGAUGACUCGUGGAGGACGAAGUGUGCGGCGACCGAACUCUUGGGAUCGGUGGCAUAUUGCGCACCGAAGCAACUCUCGUCAUGUCUUCCCUACAUUGUUCCGAAACUCAUUGAGGUUCUCGCCGAUUCGUCGUCGAAGGUGCAGAAGAGCGGUGAGAAAGCGCUUCAGCAGAUUGCGAACGUCGUGCGAAAUCCGGAAAUCAUUGGUGUCAGCAAUCAGCUGAUGGCAGGAUUGAUUGAUCCGGCGAACAAGACGAGCGCCGCUCUUCAGGCGGUUCUCAACACCAAAUUCAUUCAUUACAUCGAUGCUCCGUCUCUUGCUCUUCUCAUGCCAAUCGUGCGGCGAGCGUUCGAAGAUAGAAACAGCGAGACGCGUCGCGUCGCUGCUCAGAUCAUUUCCAACAUUUAUUCGCUUUGCGAGGACAAGGACAUGGAAGCGUAUUUGCCGCACAUGGUGCCGGGAUUGCAGCGAUCGUUGCUCGAUCCAGUGCCGGAAAUUCGUACGGUUUCGGCGAGAGCUCUUGGUGCGGUCGUCUCGAAAUCCGGUGGAGCCACCAGCAAGAAGUUGCGCGACGAGGUUGUGCCGUGGCUCAAAGAAAUGCUCGUCUCGCCGCAAUCGACCGUCGACCGAUCGGGAGCCGCGCAAGGAUUAUGCGAGGUGCUUGCCGGCGUUGGUGCCGAGCAGCUCGAGUUCGUCAUGCCCGAGAUCAUCGCCGCCACCGAGAGCACGGAAGUUUCCGCUGAGACGCGAGACGGUUAUAUUCUUAUGUACAUCUACCUUCCAAUGGUGUUCGGAGAGAAGUUCGUGCCGUAUUUGCCGCAAGUGGUGCCGCCAAUUCUCAAAGCGCUUGCCGAUGAGAAUGAAUAUGUUCGAGCUUCUGCUCUCAAGGCUGGACAACGCUUAAUUCAACAAUAUUGUGCACACGCUCGUCGCCUUCUCCUCCCUCAAUUGCAAUUGGCACUUAUGGAUGAGAAUUGGAGAAUUCGACACGCGGCCGUCCAGCUUAUUGGCGACUUCUUGUUCAAUAUAUCUGGAAUCUCUGGAAAGUCAACCUCAACGACUGCCAAUGAUGACGACACUAUGGGAAUGGAACAAGCUGGAAAGGUUAUUGUUCGCGCUCUCGGGCAGAAGGAUCGUGAUCGCGUCCUUGCCGGAUUGUACCUCACCCGAUCCGAUUUGGCGCUGGUGGUUCGUCAAGCGGCCGGACACGUCUGGAAGAUGGUCGUUUCGAACACACCGAGGACACUCAAGGAAAUCAUCAAAGUUCUUUUCGAAUUGGUUGUCGACUCGUUGGCAUCGACGUGCGAAGACCGUCAACAGAUGGGCGCGCGUUGCCUUGGUGAAUUGGUGCGAAAAAUGGGUGACAAGGUUAUCAACGAUAUUCUGCCGGUUCUUGACGCAAAUCAGAAAUCGAGUGAUGUCGCGAAGCGCAUCGGAGUCGCGAUUGCACUUCAUGAGAUUAUUGGAAAUAUGAGCAAGGAAGUGCUCAACCACUACUUGUCUUCGAUUGUCGGACCAGUUCGCGAUGCUGUCUGCGAUGAGGAUGAAGGGGUUAGAGAAGCUGCUGCGGACACCUUUACGGUUCUCUACCAUGUUGUUGGAAAUGAAGCGCUUGAUGAGAUCAUCACUCCACUGCUGGAGUCGCUCACACCGGAACAAGAUCAUAUUCUUGCGGGACUUUGCGAUGUGAUGAAGCAAAACAGUCGAUCGAUGCUUCCGUACCUUCUUCCUAAACUCACGAAACCCCCAGUCAAUGUUCACGCUCUCUGCAGUUUGUCGUCGGUUGCUGGAGAUUCGCUGAGUCGGCAGCUUCCGAAGGUUUUGGACGCCCUGCUUGCUGCGUGCGUUACCAAUUCGGCUGAUGAUCCAAUGAUCGAUUCGUGCGAGAAAGUUGUGACGGCGGUUACCGACGAAGAUGGUGUUCCUGUCCUCGUCGACUACCUUAUCAAGAGAGCCUCGGUGGAUGCGAACGUCCCUGCUGCUGUCUUAUUGAGCACAUUCAUCACUAAGAGUGGUGUCAAUAUCUCGCAUUUGGCUGAAGACGUGCUUCCGGGAAUGCUCCAACUUUACACUUCAUCGGAGCCGCAAAUUGUCGACCAUGUUAUCACGUCGGCUAUUGCUUUGACGCAAUCCAUGGAUCAGAAGGAACUUCAGGAUGUCCUUCCAGCAGCCAAAAAGGCUAUCAAUAUCAUUGUUGCGGGUUCAAAGGGCAAACAGAUUCCUGGUUUCGCGCAUCCGAAGGGAAUUCAACCACUCAUCGGAAUGCUUCGCGAGAGCAUAUUGCAAGGAUCGACGGAGAUGAAGGCGUUGGCGGCGGAGAGUUUGGGAAUGAUCGUCAAGGUGUCGGAUGUUGUCGCGUUGAAGGCGCAUGUUAUCAACAUCACUGGACCGCUUAUUCGUGUGCUCGGAGACAGAUAUCCAGCAAACGUUAAGCUGCCGAUAAUCGAGACGCUCAGCAAGCUUUUGGACAAGGUCGAUGCGAUGCUCCGUCCAUUCCUUCCGCAAUUGCAGUCCACAUUCCUCAAGGCACUUCAGGAUCCGACGUCGAAGCCGGUUCGAUUGGCAGCAGGAGGAGCUCUUGCUCGUUUGUUGAAGCUUCACAUGAAGCCAGAGGUUACUUUGACCGAGAUGUUGAAGUUCUUGGCGACGUGCCAAGAUCAACAGCUUUUGGAAACCUCUCUCGCUACGACUCGCGCACUUGUUGCUGUUGCUGCUCCGAAGCUCACCCCGCAAGUCGUCGAAGAGAUCUACAAGGUCGCUGAAAGUGUCUUCAGUCCUCAAAUUGAGAAUGCCGGAGAGUUGGAUAUGUCAUUGACGGCGUGCAGCGGAGCACUUCUUGGUGAGACGAUCGUCAGACGAGAGGAUUGGAAGACGGCUGAGAAGAACAUGCUUGCCGCUGUUGGUUCGAAUCAAACGCGAUCUAGAAUCAGGCAGGCGAAGGCUGCCGCUUUGCAGCAGGCCUGCGAAUCGAAUGCCGAUGGAUUGUGGAGUUCGGAGGCGAAUGAAGCAUGUCGGAAGGCAUUGAUGGCAGCGAUCACCUCGACGGAUUCAAUUGUGGCGUGUUGUGCACUUCGAGCAGCGGCUCACAUUCUUAUUGCGAAUGUUGAUCGAGAUCUGUUGGCCGCGGUGGCGAAGGCGAUAAACCAUCAGUCCAUUGAUGUUCGAAAAGCUUCGGCGGUUGCUCUGGGUCACGUCGGAGCCAAACAUUUGCUCUCGAAUGACUUUCUGAAGGUGAUCGUUCCACAACUUGUCAACGGAUGCAAAGAAAGCAAUUCUGGAGUGAGAUCGGCAUCGGAAUUGGCUCUAGUUCACGUAUUCCGAAUGAAUGAAAAUGAGGAUCGAUUUGACGCCUACCGUAAUACUUUGGAGGGAAUUGUACAAAAGAAUCUCGACGAGACACGAGUGUGUUUGGCACGCGCCGUCCGAUCCGGUGAUAUUGAUUUGGAGAGAUUGGGAACCACACUUUCAGUAUAUUAG